AUUAUGAGUGGGCCUCACCGACCUCGUGGGCGAGGAGGUCCUUCAUUGCCAUCGGCCAAUAUGGAUAUUCGCGAGUACUUCAAUCAGGGACUAGGAAACACAGGCUGGCAGAUGAAACCCGAACUCCCGACAGUCAAUGAGAUUAUGGGAACCGAUCACCCAGGAGAGGAAUUCAACCUGACCACAAAUCAAAUCCAUGAUCCAUGGUUGUCUACCGAACAGUAUCUCGAAACCCAUCACAACCUACUUCGUGAGGAUGGCGUCGGUAAUCUACGUGAUGCGGUUGCUGCAUUUCGUGAGCGUCCUGGAGCAUUUGACAACAAGAUUUUUGUUGUAUAUGAGCGGGUCUUCUUUACUCGCGUCACCAUGGCACAUCGGGGAAUGGCCUUUCGAGUUUGCUUCUCCACUAGGCGUGCGGGCAGAAAGAUCAUUUGGAAAUAUUCUUCUCGUCUUCUUACUGGAAAAAUUGUUGCCUUGACGCCGGCAAAUGACUUAUUUUCGAGCAAAUAUGUGGUUGCAGUUGUGGCAGCGAGGCCACUCGAAGGUGUCUCCAAAGCCCCUCCUGAGGUCGAUCUAUUCUUUGCUCAUCCGGAGGAUAUGGAUUUUGAUCCUCUCAAGCAAUGGGUCAUGAUUGAAGCAUGCUCAGGAUACUACGAAGCACACAGACAUACCAUGACUGCGCUUCAAAAGCUGUCGAGUGAACGAUUCCCUCUGAGCAACCAUAUUUGUGGCUUGGAUACACAGAUCGAUGUACCAGAGUACAUUACGUCGAAACCGAAGAUGGACUUCCGAGCCUUUGCGCCGGUAGCGAUUGACUCUCGACAAGAAUUGCUCUUCGAUGUCAUCGAGCAGUUGGAAUCUGCUCCCUUGAAGCAUCUGAAUAGAUACCAGCAAGAUGCGAUGAGGCACAUGCUGGCAAACAAGGUGGCAAUUCGCAAGUGCGCCGUGGAGAUCCUCCUAUCAUCGUCGCCACACAUACCAACUGCCUUGGAUCAGCUUCUCACUCACGUUGCCGACUUUGAGCCAAAUUACAUCCGCCUCGGAGGCAGAAGCAACAAUCUCAGGGUUGCUGCUCGAACUCUUUUUUCCAUGAAAGAGAAUAAACCCAUGCCAAAUUUACAAAAUGCACUCCUGUCGAAGGCUCGGCAAAAUCACACAGCACUCGUGACCGACAUUAUUCAGAACACGCUCGAGGGGUUCUAUCGACAGAGUGCGGAUAGAAGCGGGAUGGCUUUUGUUCUUCAUGGUCUCCUGACCGAAGAGCAGCUCAAUAACCUCGAAGUCGGCAGCAACCAAUGGAUGUCUUACAACAAUGCGGAAAGCUCCCCCGAUCCUUUCACAGCCUGGCUGGGGAGACAAGCUCAGGAAUUCAAAGACCUUUACUCUGAGGAACAGUACAGUGCUAAGAUUUAUGACUGUGAUCAAGAUUAUGAGAUGCUCAUGGAAAUCGAAGCGGAGCAAGCGCCGGAUGCUGAUGAAUGGGAGUCCCUGAAGGGCAGAUUUGUGGAGUUCCACGACGCCUUUCCAUUCUUUGUUCGUGGAACCAGAACUCUUCCUCCUCAAACCAUGGAGAGAUACCUCAGUUUUCGUGACUUGUGGGAGAUCCCAUACGACCACCGAGGUGCUGUUUACAAGGAGUUGCAUAACAGACUCGUCAGGAUUGUCCGCGCGGGCCUUCAGAAGAAACUCAAGAUCUACAUGCUUGUAAGCAAGACUCUCCAGAUCGGGAAAUUUGAGUACGACUACGAGAUCCUGAAGACCGCCAAGGUGAUUAGAAUGACAACUACUGGGCUAAGCAAAUAUCGCGGCUUGGUCUCUGCCUUGAAGCCUCGCAUUGUCAUAAUUGAAGAGGCUGCAGAGGUGUUCGAGGCACCUGUUGCUGUUGCUUGCUUUGAGUCUCUCCAACAUCUGAUUCUUGUGGGUGACCACAAGCAGCUCAAAGGCCACUGUGCUGUGCAUGAUCUGGCAGGCGAGCCUUACUUUCUGGAUGUGUCGAUGUUCCAGCGUCUCGUUCAGAAUGACUUUCCAUUUGUGAUGUUGAAGGAACAGCGACGUAGGGCUCCAGAAAUACGGCGACUUUUGGCCCCGAUAUAUGACGACCUUCGGGACCAUAGCUCAGUUUCGAAGCAUGAGCCUGUUCCAGGAAUGGGAGAUGUCCGAUCGUUCUUCGUCACUCACAAUUGGCCCGAAGUUGACGAUAGCCUUACGUCGAAGGUCAAUGAGAUCGAGGCUCUCUUGGUUUACGAACUCUACUGCUAUUUGUGUGCCAAUGGAGUUCCAAGCCAGAAAAUUACCAUCCUGACCUUUUACAAUGGGCAGCGGAAGAAAAUUCGAAAGAUGUUGAUGGACAAUGAGAUCACCAAAUUUCAAGAUCCUACAGUGGUCACGGUCGACUCUUAUCAAGGAGAGGAAAAUGACAUCGUCAUUCUCUCGCUUGUUCGCAGCAAAGAAAUACCAGCAACCAGCAUUGGCUUUCUUGCCGUCGAUAACGGGGUAUGUGUUGCUCUUUCUCGGGCAAGACGCGGGCUUUAUAUCUUCGGUAAAGCGCGGCAUCUGGUCGCUGCGAGCGAGCUGUGGCGACCAAUCCUUACCAUCAUGAAGGCAGGUUCUGGGGGAAACCCCCCAAUUGGAUAUGGAAUUCCUGUGACUUGUCAACACGGCACGAUCACGAUCAUGAGAAACACGAAUGCCCACUCAGGUGUCACCGAUUUCCUCAUUCCAACGUCAAAUGCACUCGAAAAUGCGAGCACAAGCAACCGUGCUGCGAUAGACAGUGCUCCGGCGACACCCACCCCAAACCUUUUUGAAUCUUUGGUUGCGAACAUGAAUCCAGCGCACAAGGACCAAGAGCACAGAGAAUCCAAGAACAGAUGGCUAGACUUCGCGUAUGGAGGUGCUCGUGCGAGUGAUCGGGCGCGGACUUCGCCGCCUAAGGAGACUGACUUGAUGGAUACCGUUGAAGACGAAAUGGAAGCGAGCAAAGUGCUAACUCUCAACCCCAAGACUAAGAAGGGCCCUGAGCCUCAGGAGAAGACUGUAUCAAAGCAUGGGCCCCCCGAGACUGUUCUUACAAGACACCUGUUGGAUUGA